AUGCCUUGCGCAACGUCGUCGUCGUCCUCGAAGAAAUCCUCCAUCUCGCCGAAACCGCGCCAUCCUCCUGAUUGGACGACCAAGCACGACGCCUUUGUCCGCGAAAAGGCCCGCCACGGUGAGGACGCAGAGAGUAUCCGCAUCUUAUUCGAGGUCGAAUACCCGGGCGUUAAUGUGACCAAGGCCUGGAUCAGCGAGAGGAUGAAAGGGUAUAAGUGA